UAGCGGACAGGUGGCCAUUGAGAGAGUGUGCUUUACAUAAACAGACUGAAAAUCACGCUGCCACGAUCUUUAGCAGCGGAGUCACUGAGCAAACUCGGCGCUGCCGGUGCGGCAGCGGGUAGUGGAACCGGGUAGAGUGGUGCAGGCUGCCCUACCAUGAUGGCUGUGUACCUGCUGACGCGGAAGAUAUCGGCAGGCAUGAAGCGCAGUCCAACCGCGGGGUAGUGGCGUUCCGCCAACAGUGAGAGCACCCGCCCAGCGCCGCAUGAUGGGAGCCGCACGUGGGGCCGCAUGGCUCCCGCUUCUCUGGAUGGCGGUCUGUGUCACCUCCGAUAGCGGCGCCACAGACUACCGCUUCGUGUCGCACGCAGAACUUUCGCGCGGAGCAGACAAAUUUGCCCCUGCCGGCGUCACACGAUUUUCGGAAAUCCUCUUCGACAUCCAGAAGUACCAGAUGAUCGUUGGAGCGAGGAAUCGGCUGUUUCGUCUCAGCGCGAAGGGUCUGCAGGAGCUUGAGUCCGUGCACUGGUCCGUCUCCGAGCACGAGGCCAACAUGUGCAAGAUUAAGGGGCAGCCGGCCGCCGACUGCCACAACUUCAUCCGCGUGCUGCACCGCCAUGGCGAGCGCCUGCUGGCCUGCGGCACCGGCGCCUUCCACCCGCAGUGCUCCUGGAGGAACAUCGACUCUCUGCACACCGUCUUCUCCAACUGGUCGGGUGUGGCCGUGUGCCCGUACUCGCCGCACAUGAACGUGACGUCACUGGUGACGGCAGAGGGCCAGGUGGUGGCCGCCACGCCGGCAGACUUCUCGGGCCUCGACCCGGCCAUCUACCGGCAGGGCGGCGACAGCGGGUCCAGCCUGCGCACCGGCAAGUACGACACCACGCUGCUGAGCUCGCCGCAGUUCGUCGGCUCGUUCGAGAGCGGCGACUUCGUCUACUUUGUCUUCAGGGAGGACGCUGUCGACCUGCCCAGCUGCGGAAAACGUGUCUACUCUCGCAUCGGACGGGUGUGCAAGAACGACCGCGGUAGCCGGCGGGGCACCUGGACAACGUUCCUGAAGGCGCGACUUAACUGCUCCGUGUCCGGCGAGUACCCGUUCUACCUGGACCAGGUGCAGAGCAUGCACUACCUGGACCGCGAGGAGGUGCUCUACGCCACCUUCACCACCCCGGAGAACAGCCUGAUCGGCUCGGCCGUGUGCGCCUUCAACCUGUCGGCGAUCGGUGACGCGUUCGACGGCCCGUUCCGGCGGCAGCGCGAGCCGGGCGGCGCCUGGCCGCGCCAGCCGCUCGACCUGCGCCACUUCCAGUGCGGCGCCGCGGCGCCGGAGGGCCGCCGGCUAGCCGACCUGCCGCAGUACACCCUGAUGGACGGCGCCGUGCAGCCCGUCACGCGCGACCCGCUGCACCUAGCCCACGGCGCCAGACUUGUGGCCGUGGUGACGGACGUCGUCACUACCAAGCACCACGUGUCCGUGCAUGUGAUCUUCACGGCCGACACGGAGGGGUACGUGAGGAAACUGAGCGUCAUUCCACGAACCCGCAAGACCUGCAUCGUCGAAGUUCUGCAGCCGUUCGAGAAUUCCACAAGAAUAUUGACCAUGAAGCUGCUUAAAGAAACUGGCUCUCUGUACCUGGGCACGGACUCGGAGCUGGUGCGUGUGCCGGUGCAGCGCUGCGAGCGGUACCAGAGCGAAGCCAGCUGCCUGGGCGCCAUGGACCCGUACUGCGGCUGGGACGCAGUGCGCGGCAUCUGCAGCCCACCGCCCGUCCGCGACCCAGAUGACCCCUCCUGGCGCCAGCUGGUGACCCAGUGUCCGGACCCCAGCCGGCCCGUGGACGGCGGCUGGAGCGGCUGGACAGACUGGCAGGAGUGCAGAGAGGCGGUGGCCGACGGCGGCGAGCUGUGCCGCUGCCGCCGGCGUUCCUGCUCCAGCCCGGCACCGGCGAAUGGCGGCGCGCCCUGCACCGGCCUCGCCGCCCAGGUCGCUAACUGCACGCGCCACGGCGGCUGGACCGGCUGGUCGGCCUGGUCGGCCUGCUCGCAUCCGUGUGGCCGUGCCAGCAAGUCGCGACGCCGCUCCUGCACCAACCCAGCGCCGGUGCACGGCGGCCGGCCCUGCGUCGGCGAGGAGAGUCAGGACAUCUUCUGCCACUCGAACCCGCCCUGCCCGUCCAAGACCAACUUGCCGCUGGACGGCGGCUGGGGCGGCUGGGGCUCCUGGGGACGCUGCUCAGCGCGCUGCGGCGGCGGCUUCCGGCGGCGGCGGCGCGUCUGCGACAGCCCUCGCCCGGCGAACGGCGGCCGGCCGUGCUUCGGCUGCGACCUGGAGUACGCCGAGUGCGGCACCGAGCCGUGCCCGACCCUGCGCCGCCUCACCGACUGGACGCCGUGGCUAGCAACCAAUGGCAGCGACGGCGGCCGCCAGCAGCGGUUCCGCUUCGCCUGCCGCGCGCCCGUGCCGGACCCGGGGCUCAUCCGGAUAGGUGACGCCAAGAUGGACGAGCGCUUCUGCUCGGCGGACGGCUUCUGCUCGCUAGGCGACUCCGAGUCUGCGGGCUGGCAGGAGUGGAGCGCCUGGUCCAACUGCAGCCUGACCUGCGGAGGGGGCAUGCAGUCCAGGUCCAGGAUGUGCAGCGGGAACCGCAGCGUCUGCCUGGGGCCCAGCCGAGUGGAGCAGAUGUGUAACACUCAUUCAUGUGCAGGCGAGUGGUCCUGCUGGUCCGACUGGUCAGCCUGCUCCGUCUCCUGCGGGAAGGGCCAGCGCUCGCGCUCGCGCCGGUGCCGCUGGGCGGAGGCGCCGGACGCCGAGACCGCCGCGUGUGGGCCGCCACCCGCUGAGCGCCGAGACCAGCCGCCGCUCGAAGAUGCACCAUGGUGA